GAGGGUGGUGAAGUCGCCCCCGGCUGGGCGUGAUCUCGUGUGUGUGGUCAAUGCCCUCGGAACGGAGCAGACGGCGGGCCCAAGUUCACCUGCACGUGGGAUGCCGUAGGACACGAUUCGCUAAAUGGUUUCCAAGCCUGCACCAGUAUGCAUGAGCGAGUGCACCGGACGGAAAGACAGUUUCGAUCACUUCCAGCUAAUCAACAGAAACUCCUUCCACACUUUCCUCUUCACUUGGACAAGAUCCGGACGUGCAUUGACCAUAAUCAAGACAUCCUACUGACUAUUGUGAAUGAUUGCAUACACAUGUUUGAGAAUAAAGAAUAUGGAGAAGAUGGGAAUGGAAAGAUGAUGAUGCCUGCAUCGACAUUUGACAUGGAUAAGUUAAAGUCCACGUUGAAACAGUUUGUGAGAGAUUGGAGUGAAACUGGGAAAGCAGAGAGGGAUGCCUGCUACCAGCCGAUCAUUAAAGAAAUUUUAAAAAAUUUUCCAAAAGACAGAUGGUUUUCUUUUGAGGAUCAAUGUUCUGAAAUUAAUAAGUAUAAGCUCUAUCCCUGGAUUCAUCAGUUUAGUAACAACCGGAGGUCAGCUGAUCAGAUUCGACCCAUCUUUUUCCCCGAUGUUGACCCCCACAGUCUUCCCCCUGGUUCCAACUUUUCUAUGACAGCAGGGGAUUUUCAGGAGAUCUACUCAGAAUGCAAUACCUGGGAUUGUAUUGCUACCUGUUUCUUCAUAGAUACAGCUCACAAUGUAAUUGAUUAUAUUGAUACAAUAUGGAAAAUACUCAAGCCAGGUGGAAUUUGGAUUAAUCUUGGUCCUCUGCUGUACCACUUUGAAAAUUUGGCAAAUGAACUUUCUAUAGAAUUGAGCUAUGAAGAUAUAAAAAAUGUUGUUCUGCAGUAUGGAUUCCAGGUAGAGGUGGAAGCGGAGUCUGUGUUGUCCACCUACACUGGGAACGAGCUGUCCAUGAUGAAGCACUACUACGAGUGCGUCCUGUUCGUGGUGCGUAAGCCCCGGCAGUUGUCUCAGACGGCGUCUCUAGGACAAGGUUUAACGAGAACAAAUGCCGACAUAAACAAUUAAAAUCACCUAUCAGUAAUGACAUGACAAGACCUCAAAUCAGUGGUGCCUUCUUAUUUCUAAAACAAUUUAGGAAUAGCAUCUAUUUUCUUAAUAUGUGUCUAUUGCUUUUUCAGAAGGAUACUAUGCCAUGCAUAUUUGUACUGCACAAGUGAAAAUGGAGGCAAUGUCUUGAAGUACGUUGUUUCUGUGAAGCGCAGAAUUGUAUCAGUAGGAAAAAACCAUAUCUGCAGUGUCUUCAUGAGGCUGUCCUAUUGCAAAUCUGCCAUAUUGAUAACGAAUAGUAUUGCAGCCCAUAAUAGUCUCUCUUGUUGCUUUAUACACAUCGAACAUGUUAUGUUUUAGAAGUACCUAAGGAUCUUCCGUCACAUUCAGCAUCUGGAUAUGGGACUUCAGUUCACUACGGACCUAAGCAAUCUAGACAGAUUAUGUGUCUUAUUCGAACUAUUAUUACUGAUUUCUAGCUCAGUUGAACUUAGGGAAGCAUCAAGUAUUUCAUUCUUUUAUAUGCUAAAUUUAAUAUGUUCACUAGCCAGUAAGCUAAAAAAUUAAGGCUUCAACCACACUCAGUUAAGCAUUUUUGGUAAAACAUUCUUAUCAUUGAAUCACUCUGAAAUAUUUGAGAUCUCAACAGCAUGAGUGAGGCACUAGUUUGUCCUUGUUAAAGGUAUUGUUAGUCAACUGGGAAAAGAAGAAUAAAAUGUUGCCCACUCGAUAUGUGACUCAAAACGAUAAAUGGAUGCAGUUUGUCAGUGUGAUGUUUACAAUAAUGCCUUUUCUUUAGAUUAUAUGAAUUACAAAAGCAAGCACUUUUUUUUUUCUCCAUAAAACAACAUACUAGUAACAGUGGUAUUAAUGUGGGAAAUUUUAAAAAGUGAAAAUCAGGGAUAAAUUACUGCCCUUGGUCUGUGUCUUUUAAUAUUCCAUAAGCAGCAGCCAAUAAUGUAAAUUCAGAUUAACACCAGUUUUAUUCCCUGAUAGCUGGAGCUUGCUUUAAAUUUCUGCUGCUGUAAAUUUCUACCUCUAGAAGAUCUUUAUUGGAGAGAGUUUUCCUUUGUAUUUUUGUAUGUUUAUUACUCUUUUCCCAAUAGUUGGGAAAGCCUAGAUGACUAAUUUAAUGUUUUUAAUUUUUUUCUUGGAGAAAAGGAAGUACUCUUGUUGGAUAUUUUCACUGAUGAUUGUGCUUGAGUUAACUGACACCUCUGUGGGGAGUUGGAUUAAUGCAGACGGACUUAGUUUCAAUGGUGCUGGCAGGAUAAAUGGCAUUUUAGAAUCAGAGGCAGGUGUAGAGUGUUAGAACUUUGUGGCCAGGUUGAAGGAGUCAUGAUGUGCUCUGAUGUCUUGGUAGCAGGACCGUCUGCACACAGGCGAGGAGGCCGUGUGCUCUUUUCUUGAGCUGUGCGGUAAGCAGUUCUCCUGAGCUCAUUUCACUUGUCGAGUUCUGGAAGCCCGUAGUCAGGUUUUCUAUUCUGCCAGUGUUUGGCAGGAAUUAUUACCUACACGAAUGACCUUGAAAUUAACUGUAGUACAGGGAAAAGAAAAACAAUUUUUGUUUGUUUUUGGAAAGACACUUAAAGGAGUCCAACUGAGUAUUAGAGUGCGCCAUUGAAAAGAAGGCAUGCUGUUCUUGAAUAUUUUAAAAAUGUUUUAUUCACUGACUAGUAUUUACUUUUUUAUAACAUGUAUCAAAACAAAAGGUCCUUGUUUUUAACAGAGACAACCGAAAGGGUCAAUACCAAUUGUUCUUGCAAUCAAGAUUUAUUCUUUAAUAAUAGCAAGUUAUGUUUCUCACUUGGAGCUAAUAUUUUAGUUAAUUCUGGAAUCAGGUAUUUCAUUUGCUUUUUGCUUUUCCUUUGUAUCAUGAAUGUUAACUAUGUUCUACACAAGUUUGCAUCUUAUUUUUUCCUUAGAACUUUUGUUGCAGUUAAUAUAUUCAAAACUUGAAUGUGUUAUUGAUCAGUCAAAAAGUGUUAAUAAAUUUGCAUUUCUUGUGUUCCAUUCUAUUUAAGUGUAAGCCUUAAAUUAAGCGAAAAAAUUUCCCUCCAAAUUUUUGCCGUGUCACAUUUUCCUAAGGUGACAAAGGUAAAUGAUUGUGUGGUUUUUUGUUUUUAAAUUACCGUAACUGAAAUAAUUGGGUUAGGCUAUGUUAACCAAGUGAGCAUGGUGGACUAUAACAUGAACAGAUGCUCUGAAUCGCAGUGUAAGAGACGACGUUUGGGAACUGUAAAAUGUGUGCUGUGUUUAUAUGUUUUCUCAUUCUAGAAGUCACCACACAAGCUGAAUUGGAAGCUUCAUGGCUGCAUGAAAUUUCCUGUAUUUUUAAUGUGUAUGAUGGACUUAAUUUUCCUUGAAUAUUAAAGUCUGCUGGUUGCUAUGAAAUCAUACUUGCUUGGUUGUAUCCAUGUAAGUUAGUGAUAACCAUAAAAGGAAAUUUUAAUUAAUUAAACACAUACUUUGGAACUCUU